AGCUCAUCAUCAUUUGUGCUUUGAACUUCUUAAGUGUAAAUUGCUCGUGCGCUUCUGGACGAGAAAUUUUUGCGUAACCCAACGAAUCAGAAAACAUAUUUAAGUUUAACAAAAUGAAAUUCUUCGUGUUCGUUGCUCUGGCGCUGCUUGGCUGUGCGACCGCUGCGCAGCUGCCCGAUUCGGCCACACAGGGACCCAACCCGCAGGACAUUGCGACACCCGAACCGGAGUACAUAGACAUCGAUGAGCCGCUACCAGCCGCCCCAGCGCCCCGUCCAGUCGCCCAACGGCCCCUGGCUGUGUCCCCAGUGCCCCGUCCAGUUAUUGGACUGCCUCGUCCCGUUGCCCGCCCCAUUGCCGUGGCUCAGCCGAUCGUCUAUGCCCAGCAGCCGAUCCAGCAGCGCGCCCAGUAUCUGGCCCCAGUCGUCCAGCCGCAGCAGGUGGCAGGUCAUGCGUACAGCAGCCAGGCCGGCUAUCAGUAUCGUCGUCCAGUCUAUGUAAGGCGCGUCUAUCGCCAGCGUCGCUACUAAAGAGGGGCGAUGCCUAGCACUUAACUUUUGUCUAUUUAAUAUAUCUAAUUUCUAUAUGAUUUCUAAUUUGUAUUUGGAUGUUUUUUAUUUACAUACAAUAUUUCUUCUCUCUCUUUCCAUCUCUUUCACUGCCCUCCCAUCCAACUGCUUCCGUUCCUGAAUCCCACUCCUACUCCUACCACCACCUCUACUACUUCUUCUACUACUACUACUACUACUACUACUACCAUCUACUAUCGACACAAAUGGAACUGCUAUCGCAACCGUUAGCAUUAACCCAAGCACACAUUCAAUACAAAACACGAAAGAAAACAAAUCAUAAAUACAAAAACAAAAACAA